GAUCAGCAGUAACAGGUUCUAAGUACAAAGAAACUUCUUAACCAGCCAUUAUACGUUUGACGCGCGGGUCGCGAUCAGUUCAUAAAGUGUGUGAUAAUUCUACGUUCUAUUUUCUGUUCUGUUCUAAUAUUUAUUGGUAUAUCUACGAUAAAGGUACAUACUCAUUUUGCUUAAUUUUUUGAAAAGAUGCCUGCACCAGAAGCUGAUAACCAUAACCGCAAGGCUAAUUUUAAAUUUAAUUACAAACAUGAAGAGGCACGUAGAAGAAGAAGCGAAAUAUCAGUUGAAUUGCGAAAAGCUAGGAAAGAUGAACAAUUAUUAAAACGUCGUAAUCUCACCAUAGGCAAAGAGCCACAAAGCCCAACGGGUGAAACUAAUCUUUCACCUGUUUCUACAUCUAUAGAUGAAAUUGUUACUGGGAUGAAAUCUUCAGAUGAAAUAAUUCAACUACAAGCGACACAAGCAUGUAGAAAAAUGUUGAGCAGAGAAAAGAAUCCACCGAUAGAUAUUAUGAUACGACGUGGAAUUGUCCCCCGCUGCGUUCAAUUCUUAGAUUGUCAUCACAAUGCUGCACUGCAAUUUGAAGCAGCAUGGGCACUCACGAAUGUAGCUUCCGGCACACAAGACCAAACUUAUGUUGUUAUUAAACAUGGCGCUAUACCAAAAUUAGUUGCAUUGCUUAAGUCUGUAUCACCUAAUGUUGCUGAACAAGCAGUGUGGGCACUUGGAAAUAUAGCUGGAGAUGGACCAAUAGCUCGUGAUUUUGUUCUUGGAAAUGAUGCUAUGCCCCUUUUGUUAGAAUUAAUCAAACCUGACACUUCUGUGUCAUUCACGCGUAACAUUGUAUGGACAUUAUCAAAUUUGUGCCGUAAUAAAAAUCCUCCACCUCCGUUUGAAAUUGUACGAACUGCUCUUCCAGUGUUAAACCGUUUGCUUAGUUAUACUGAUAAAGUUAUACUUGCUGAUGCUUGCUGGGCACUAUCAUACCUUACCGAUGGUUCCAAUGAUAAAAUACAAGCAGUUGUAGAAUCUGGAGUUAUUCCAAAACUUGUGGAUUUACUUGCUUCAACUGAAGUAACAGUUCUGACACCAGCACUUCGUGCAGUUGGAAAUAUAGUUACAGGCAAUGAUAUGCAGACAGAUGCAAUAAUAUCGGCAGGCGGUUUACAACAUUUAGGGCUAUUAUUGCAACAUCAUCGUGUUAAUAUUGUUAAAGAAGCAGCAUGGACUAUUAGCAACAUCACUGCUGGUAACAUAGAUCAAAUUCAACAUGUUAUAAAUGCUGGAUUAUUUUCACCCUUGAUACAUGUUCUACAGUCUGGAGAUUUUAAAUCUCAAAAAGAAGCAGCAUGGGCUGUGACUAAUUUAACAUCUGGUGGAUCUGUACAACAAUUAGCUCAACUAGUACAGUUGGGAGUGCUAGUGCCAUUCUGUAACUUGCUAGAAGUCAAAGAUUGGAAAACUGUGGUUGUUGUCCUUGACGGCUUGAUUAAUAUUUUGAAUGCAGCAGAAAAAAUGGGAGAAGUGGAACGUGUAGCUAUCAUGAUAGAAGAAGUUGGAGGUUUAGACAAACUGGAGGUUCUUCAACAUCAUGAAGUAGAACAAGUGUAUCAAAAAGCCGUUGCAAUGAUCGAUACUUUCUUCUCGGAUGGGGAUACUGAAGAAGCAACGGUAGCACCUACAACAACUGAUGGUCAGUUGGAAUUCAAACCAACUGAAUCGAAUCAAAAAGGUUUCAAUUUUUAAAUUUUCUUAAUUAUUUGUCAUUUAAUAUGCUAUCGUGUGUUUCACUUCGUUUUGUAAAUAGAUCUGCACUUGUUCAUCAGGAAAGAUAAACAUUAAAGACAAGUUUUUUUUUGUCUUUUUUGUAAUUCUUUACCUAUGUUUUGCACACUCCAUGACAAGAGUAAUUUUCAUUUAAUGUUUCUUUUCAUACAUAAUAUUAAAAUUGCCAGAUGUUCAUUAGUC